AUGAGCUCUUCAUCAGACAGAAUGCACCGUGUUCAGGUCAACGUAUCCUCCCAGAUAUUCUGGAUAGAUCCGGCUUACCGUAUUACCAAAUCUUUGGGCCAAGGUGCCUACGGGUGCGUUACAUCUGCUGUGCAUGUGGCUUCAGGAGAAAGCGUGGCUAUCAAGAAGGUAUCAAAUGUCUUUGCCAAGAGCAUUCUUACCAAACGAGCACUUCGUGAAAUAAAGCUACUUCGUCACUUUCGUGGGCAUAAGAACAUUACUUGUCUCUACGACCUUGACAUUACCAACCCAUCCGAUUUCAAUGAAAUCUACCUGUAUGAAGAGCUUAUGGAAGCCGACCUACAUGCCAUUAUCCGAUCAGGUCAGCCGCUUAGCGAUGCACACUUCCAAAGUUUUAUUUACCAGACAUUAUGUGGCCUGAAGUAUAUUCACAGCGCUAACGUGCUACAUCGUGAUCUGAAGCCCGGAAACCUGCUCGUUAAUGCAGACUGUGAGCUGAAAAUAUGUGAUUUUGGCCUCUCUCGAGGAUUUGAUCCUGAUCAGAAUACCGUUUUCCCUGGAAAACAAGAGUUUAUGACGGAGGCUCCAGAGAUCAUGUUAUCCCACCAAAACUAUACGUCGGCCAUAGAUCUAUGGUCCGUUGGAUGCAUCUUGGCUGAGCUGCUUGGCCGCAAGCCACUCUUUAAAGGGCGCGAUUAUGUGGAUCAACUCAACCAAAUCAUCCAUUAUCUCGGUACGCCAUCGAACGGUAUGCUGGCGCGCAUUGCGAGUCCACGUGCUCAGCAAUACAUCAAAUCGCUGCCUUUCAAACCUCAAAUUCCGUUUGAGCAGAUCUUCCCAGAGGCCAACCCACAAGCCUUGGAUCUACUACGCAGACUGCUUGCGUUUGAUCCCUCGGAGCGCAUUACAUGUGAAGAAGCGUUAAUACAUCCAUACCUCUCUGUCUGGCAUGAUCCUGAGGAUGAGCCUGUGUGUUCUCAUAAAUUUGACUUCUCUUUCGAGAGUGUCGAUGAUAUGGAAGGCAUGAAGAAACUGAUUUUCAACGAAGUUGUUAGCUUCAGACGCGAGGUCCGGAUUCAGGCUCAGCAAAGACAGGCAAUGAUGGAACAGAGCGGCUAUCAACAGUACCAACAACAUUCAAAUUCCGUUGGAGUACCAGCGCAACAACCUGCCCCUACAUCUGUCCCCUUUUCCCAGGAAAAGCUUGUUAAUGGAGCAGCUCCACCCAAUAUCCAAUACCAAGGUCAUUCCACUCAACAAUAUACAGACCGCCAAGUACUCUCUGAGAAAGACGCUAUGGAAGCCCCUCAUGAAUCCCUUAAUCGACAACUCCGUGAAUAUGGCGCAUAA